AUGGCAAAUGAUGUAAACUAUCCAAUAACUUCUUCAUCUGUUGAAUUCCGUGAGAGAAUUUUUUUACAACCAGUCGUCCUUAUUUGUAUUAAUGCGAGCUUCAAUGACGAUCAAGUCGAACAAUUAAAACUAUCCGUGAAAGAAAUUCACAAUAUUACUGAUCUUGAUGAAUCUGUGGACUUCAUUACCGAUUUGGACUAUGGAAAAGUGUUUGUAGUUUUUGAAGAAUCUACGAAAGACCACGUCGUAUCAAUUUUCAACGAAUUCGAGCUAGUGGAAGAAAUUUACAUUUAUUGUACGAACAAAACGAAAUAUAACCAUCGAAUGCUGAAUACAUGUUUAAAAUAUAAAGGAGUUUUCAUCGACUUUCCAUCUUUGUGCCAACAGUUAGAACGAGCAACAAAAGACUAUGUACGGGAUUCUUUGACAGUAAAUCUCAUAUCUGAAAAGAGAGUUUCGACAGUCGAUAACGUUGAAAGAACAGAUGAUGACAACGAAUUCAAUACGCAGGAAGCAUCAGUCAUGUAUCAUAAAUUAAUAAUGACAACAUUGAUGGAAAUGAAGGAAGAUGAACCAAAAGAUAUGAUUGACUUUUGUCGAGCUCAAUAUGCAGAUGAUCAGAGUGCAUUAACGGCCGUACAAGAAUUGGAACAAGAUUAUCAGAAUCAUUCGCCUAUUUGGUGGUAUACAAGAGAAGGUUUCCUAUAUAAACUUCUCAAUAGGAGCCUUCGAGAACAAGAUAUCUAUGCGCUCUACUCACUUCGUACGUUCAUACGUCAUCUAUAUGAUCAAAUCUUCGACAUUUUUGUUAAACAACAUGUAAGUUGUAGUACGACAACCUCCACCAUAGUCACCUUUUAUCGUGGCCAACAAAUGGCUACACAAACUUUUGAAAGAAUAAAAAGUAAAAUGGGUGGUCUUCUUUCCUUCAGUAAUUUUCUUUCCACGACGACCAACCGAGAUUUAGCAGUGAUUUAUGCGGGAAAUACGUUAAAUGAUCAACAUUUGACUGCAGUACUGUUUCAAUUAGAUGUUGACACCCAUUCCAAUGAACAACCAUUUGCUGCGAUUGAUCACAUUAGUCAUUUCGGCACAGCUGAAAACGAAUAUUUAUUUGCAAUGGGAGCUGCGUUCAAAAUUGAUCGAGUAGAGAAGCUAAAUGACGAAGUUUGGAGUGUUAUUCUCAUCACAACGAAUGAAUUCGAUGCAAAACUCCAAGAUCUAACUAAUCAUAUUAUUGAUGAUGUAGAAUGUGAUGAUCUAAACCUACAGUUGGGAAAAAUACUUUGGACAUUAAAUGAGAACAGGAAGGCUGAAUUCUUUUACUUAAAAGCACUCGAAAAAGCAGUGGACUGGGAAUGGCGGGCAACAGUUCUUCAAGAACUUGGUACGGCUUGUAUGGACAAUAGUGAAAAAGCUCUUGACUAUUUUCAACAAGCACUCGAAUUAGUUCAGCAAAAUAUACAAACUGAUUAUCAUCAAAUCUUUGGUAGUAUCUAUAAUAAUAUUAGUGUUAUUUACCUCACAAAAGGUGAAUAUGAUUUAGCCUUAGUUUACCUAAAGGAAAGUCUUGCUCGCGAACUCUGUAGUCCACAGCCGGACAAAAGAAAGCUCAGCGUUCGAUAUCACAAUUUGGGAACGAUACUAUUGAAGCAAGAAGAGAAAAUUGAAGGUGAACGUUAUCUAAAGCGAGCAUUGGACAUAGCUCUCGAAAUUCUUCCGUCAAUACAUCCUGAUAUUGCUAUCUAUUAUCAUAGUUUGGCUUCUUGUAUGAGCGCAAUUGGUCGAUUCGUUGAAGCUGUCAACUAUGAGCAAAAGGCGGUGAAUAUUGACUUACAUUGUCUUCCACCAGAUCAUCAACAAACUCAAAAUCACCAAAAACGCCUGAAGAAGUAUCAAGAUGCAUUAGAAGUUAUGAUAAGAAUAGCAAACAUGGAUCGUGAGAGAGGAAUCCUUGGACUUGUAUUAGGUAAUAUGACUUUUACAUAUCCUCGCCGGAAAUAA